CCCUCCCCUCGUGGCUGGCUCCGGCGGCGGCGGCGGCAGGCGGGGAGGGCGUGCGCCGGCCGAGAGGUGUCGGCGGCGAGGGAAGGGAAGUUUUAAGUGGAAGGUCGUCCGCCGGCCGGCGCGUCCUCCCGCUCUCCUCCGGCAGCAUCAUGGCGGAGCCGACCGGCUCGCCUGUGCACGUCCAGCAGCCCCAGCAGGCGGCUCCGGUGACAGCAACGGCGGUGACGGCCCCAGCGGCCGCGACAGCAGCGCCGGCCCCGGCGGCUCCCGUGGCCCCGACCCCGGCCCCCGCCGCGCAGGCGGUCGGCUGGCCCAUCUGCAGGGAUGCGUACGAGCUGCAGGAGGUUAUCGGCAGUGGAGCUACAGCUGUGGUUCAGGCUGCUCUAUGCAAACCCAGGCAAGAACGUGUAGCAAUAAAGCGGAUCAAUUUGGAAAAAUGCCAGACCAGCAUGGAUGAACUAUUAAAAGAAAUUCAAGCCAUGAGUCAGUGCAGCCAUCCCAACGUAGUGACUUACUACACCUCUUUUGUGGUAAAAGACGAACUUUGGCUGGUCAUGAAAUUACUAAGUGGAGGCUCAAUGUUGGAUAUCAUAAAAUACAUCGUCAACCGAGGAGAACACAAGAAUGGAGUCCUGGAAGAGGCAAUAAUAGCGACAAUUCUUAAGGAGGUUUUGGAAGGCUUAGACUAUUUACACAGGAAUGGUCAGAUUCACAGGGAUUUGAAAGCUGGUAAUAUUCUUCUGGGUGAGGAUGGUUCCGUACAAAUAGCAGAUUUUGGGGUAAGUGCUUUCUUAGCAACAGGGGGUGAUGUUACCCGGAACAAAGUGAGAAAAACAUUUGUUGGCACCCCAUGUUGGAUGGCCCCUGAAGUCAUGGAACAGGUGAGAGGCUAUGACUUCAAGGCGGACAUGUGGAGUUUUGGAAUAACUGCCAUUGAAUUAGCAACAGGAGCAGCGCCUUAUCACAAAUAUCCUCCUAUGAAAGUGUUAAUGUUGACUUUGCAAAAUGACCCACCCACUUUAGAAACAGGAGUAGAGGAUAAGGAAAUGAUGAAAAAAUAUGGCAAGUCCUUUAGAAAAUUGCUUUCACUGUGUCUUCAGAAAGAUCCCUCCAAAAGGCCCACAGCAGCAGAACUUUUAAAAUGCAAAUUCUUCCAGAAAGCCAAGAACAGAGAGUACCUGAUUGAGAAGCUGCUGACAAGAACACCAGACAUAGCCCAAAGAGCCAAAAAGGUAAGAAGAGUUCCAGGGUCAAGCGGUCACCUUCAUAAAACCGAAGACGGUGACUGGGAGUGGAGUGACGACGAGAUGGAUGAAAAAAGUGAAGAAGGGAAAGCAGCUUUUUCUCAAGAAAAGUCACGAAGAGUAAAAGAAGAAAACCCAGAGAUCGCGGUGAAUGCCAGUAGCAUCCCAGAGCAGAUUCAGUCCCUUUCUGUGCAGGACUCUCAGGGCCUACCCAAUGCCAGUGAAGACUACAGAGAAGCCUCCUGUGCCGUGAACCUCGUUUUAAGAUUAAGAAACUCCAGAAAGGAACUGAAUGACAUACGAUUUGAGUUUACACCAGGAAGAGAUACAGCAGACGGCGUUUCUCAGGAGCUCUUCUCUGCCGGCUUGGUCGAUGGUCAUGAUGUUGUCAUAGUGGCUGCUAAUUUACAGAAGAUUGUAGAUGAUCCCAAAGCUUUAAAAACAUUGACAUUUAAGUUGGCUUCUGGCUGUGAUGGGUCGGAGAUCCCUGAUGAAGUGAAGCUGAUUGGGUUUGCUCAGUUGAGUGUCAGCUGAUGUCUGUCCCUUGAUGUCGCCCUGAUCUGUCACUCCUCCUCUUGCCACGCCCCCCCAACCCUCCUCCCUCCCUCUGUCCACUUCCUCCCAUCCCCCAGCAAAAUCAACAGGAUUGUGAAGAGGCCGGUUUCAACAUAAGGGGAUAAAAAAAAAGAAUUUUUUUUUAAACUUAAACAACACUGAGUUCUGCUUUAUUCUUUAGCAACCCACAGUAUGAGAACAAGCAAUUGCCACAGCUGCACGACUGUUGCUCAUUUUUCCAAAAGCUAUUUAAUAUUCUCAGCAAUCAAUUUGGAUAUCCCUUAAGAGAAAAGAAUCUGAAACACACUCAGGUGGUCCUAUUUAUUGGCAACAAAAGGAAUUUUUUCUAUUGGAAGCCUGUUUCUUCUCUCAUUAUUGUUCUUUCUGUUCUAAUACUUUAAUUGUACAUCUGACAAUACUGCCUCUUAUGUUGUAUUUAGAAAUUAAUAUACUUAUAAAAUUAAGAUUUAUUAGCCAAACUUGAAUUCUAGUUUUAAAACUGACUGUGAAUUUUAUUUUUCAUAUAUUUAUGCAUUACAUACAUUAGCUAUAAGGAAAAAAAGUUUUUGAUUAUAUGCUUCUUGCAGUUACUCUCUUGUUAUUUAAACAAAAAAGUUUCAGGUCUAUCUUUGGAGUAUUUAUAACUUCUGAUUUUUGAAAUGACUGAAUUAGGAACUAGAAUGCUUACUCUUUCGGUUUACCUAAAAACCAGUCCACAAUCUGAUUGUCUCUUGGGAAAGGGAGGUGCCUUGCAAAAAACACUUUCAUAUUAAGAAUGUGCCUGAGGCUGCUUUACUCUGGAAUAGUCUCAGAUCUAAAAUCUCCUUUACAUAACGUGGCAUAUGUAAGUUUUGCUUCACCAGAACUGUUUAGAAUGCUAUUUCAAAUGUUGCCAUUCUCUUAGAUUUGCUAAUUAUGUACCCACCUCUGAUUUGACUCCUCCUGAAAUGAUAGGAUCUGUCGUUCCAAAGGUGAUAAACUUGAAAUUACCGGAAUCCGUGUUUUACUUGAAAUUCUGCAGAAUACCCAGAUGGAGUGAAAAAUAAUAGAAAGGGUUUUGUGCAAUGACUAAAAAGGUAAAACACUGUUAAGUUUCAAGAAUAAAUACUUUCAACCCAAAUACUUUCAACCUCUGCUUGACUAUAUAUUAUGGAAUAGUAACCUUUUAGGAUUUUCAAAAUUGGCAUCUAAAACUUUCAAGGGAGGUGGCUCCCAGAUGGUACCAUUUGCUCUUUCCUAGCUAACCCUAGAUAUGGCAGCUCUUUAAUGUACUUCAAAAAGCAGAUAUAUAUUACUAAGGAAAAAAAUUAUUUAUAAUUGCCUUGUCAUAAUUGUUAAGGUGUUCUAGAGCCAUUUGCAUACAAUUUAAUGUAAUUUCAUUCCAUUCUAUUGUUUACACACCGAUUACUCGAAGAUGACUGCAAAGGUAAAAGGAAAAUAAAAGUGUAUUAUUGCACAAAAGCGAUAGUGUCCCAUUGUUUCAUUCUUCCUCUAGAUAGUAUCUGCAUUGCUGCAGUGAUAUUUAGCGCUUUCAUAAAAUACCUAGUAAAAGUGAGCUGGCGAAAAGUGCCCCAGAGGAAGACGAAGGCAUCCAUCCAGUCUCAGAGAAUCUGGUUUGACAAUUAGCUUAAGGAGAGAAUGAAAGACAAAUAUUCACACUCCAUGGAGACAGACUGUCUUUAAAUUAAAACCACAGGGCUGCAGGGGACAAGAGAAAAGAAUUCCUUCCAACCGCUUCAGCUUAGUGCUGUGGGUGCUGAGGCUGCAGUGACUACGGCACCUGUCCAGAGCACCUCCCAGAGCUACCUGCAGAGCUGGCCACCUAGAGCCCCAGCUUCGUGUCAGCCGCAGCAUGUUCCUAACACUCUCUGCACCACUCAUGGACAAAACAGCCUAAGAGGAGACCCUCAACUUCAACUCAGCGUAAAAUGUACGUGAAGAACUACAGAACUCUUAUCUUGCAGUAUAGUAAUAGCUCUAUUUCCCUUAUGCCCAUAUUCCCAUAUCUUUCCUGGUGGCAUCUGAGGGAGCUUACAUUUAUAUACUGGGAUAAAGAUUUUCAAAUACAUGAAGAAAUUGGGGUUGAGUCAGUAAGAAUUGGCUAAUGAGAUGAAUACAAGGGUAAAGUCAGGAUGCAGAAGUUAAGGAUGAGGCCCUGCAAAAUUGCUAGAGCUGGACAUGGAUUGGGGUUAGGGCUUCCACCCCAUCAGCAGUGAAGAAUAACAUAUUUUUUCCUCUCAAAUUAAUUAAGAGAAACAUGAUUUUUCCUAGUACUGGUGCCUGAGAUGAAAUUCUCCUAGGAAGUUUGAGUUAUGUAUUCAGAAAAAUCUCAAAACAUUUGAUACAUUUAUAGCAAGUUUUGAACAUUUAUCCUUUCUAGUACUUUCCUUGGGAGCCCAGAGGCAGGGUCUCUGAUCAGAAAGGCUGGUUAGCAAGGAGCUAAGAGCAUGAUUAAAGGUGUUACUCUCACUUAUGGUCUGGAAAGACAUAACAAAGGUAAAGUUGAGGGGAAUGUGUGGGCUACAUUUCCUUUAGGCAAUCCUCUGUGACUGUUUCUCUUAAACUUUUGAUUAAACAUGACACAUUGUGCUUCUGUUCACUGGCAGAGACCUAAACUUUGCUAAAUACAGAUAUCUGGUAGACACUUUAUAAGCUUUGACAAAAUGGAGGGUUUACACCUCUUCCUAAAACCAAAGCACACCUCAUACCUAAAUAUAUACAAAACUGUCCUGCAUCCCGUGUGCCUAUGUUGUGGUCAGCUUGCAAAGAUGUAAAAUAGAAGGAAGCUACCAUUAUCUCAUUGUAUUGUUCUUAUAGGAACAAAAUGGUUUUCUGUAUAUAAGGCAACUUUCGGAGACACCUAUAAAUCAUGUGUGAUGAAAAUUUCUUUUUCCAAAAAAAUACCCCUGUAGAGUUCCCUAUGUAUGUAUCUUAUAUGCUGGUAAAUAUAGAUCUUCCUGUCACUUCUUCAUCAUGUCUGAAUAGGAUGAAGUAGUAGUCUUUAGGGUAAGAACCAAGAAUUCCCUCAAAAAAUAAAUCUAGUCCUGUUUACAAUGAUCCCUGCAUGGGAAGAUUUUGUAUCAGGAUUUUCUCUCACUCCCCUCAGUUAGUGCACCUAUAGUCUAUUUAGUGUUAAGCAAUAUACCUUGCUGGUGACCCUUCCAAGUUAAAAAUGGUAAGCAGAAUCUACAGUUAAAAUCAUUAAAUUACAGAGAUGGUGAAUAUGAGCCAAUUAAUAACUUUGGAGGACUUUUGCCAAAAAUUAUGAUUUGCAUUUGAUAGUAACUGAUCUUAGGUCUUUGGUCUUAGAGGUAGAUUUGAUAACAGAACCUGUUGCUUAGUAGGCCCACUGAGUUUGUAAUACUAAAAUCAUAUAAUGGGUUUAAAUUAAAAUGUUUAUCCAUCCCUAUAGCAGAGAGCAUGCUUCUCUCUCAUCUAGAAACAGCUUUAUUCAGUUAUGAUACAAUUAAAGGAACUCAAAUUUACUCCUGUUUUUCUGCUGCAUACAAUUAUUGUCCAAUCUUAGCUCAAUUCAGACUCUCACCAGGAUAUUAUGGGGCAGGUUGGGUUUCAGUAUACGUGGUGUGUCAGAGUGAGUAGAACAAGAAUAUUCCCCUCAGGGCCAGAAUAUCCCAACCUAGAACUAUAUAAUGCUUUCCAGGAUUCUGAGUUUUAAGAGGUCUAUUGAUAGGCUGAAUAGCCAUAUGCAAAUGGUUUUCAAGUGACAAUUUCCAUUGUAUAGUGGCAGAAACUAAAAUUUCAAGUAAUAAGUUUUGAAAAUAGGAGUGUUUCCAUUAAGCUAAUUCAGUAUUUCCUAGAGUUUGCUGCUUCAGAUGUUCACUACUAAGAAUGACUAAAAUGUUGACUGCAUAUAAAGACUAAAGGGCACAUACCUAAAAUAUGAUGAAUUGACUGACUCCUUCAGGAGUCCUAGAUAGAACAUCACAAAACACCACACAAGAGGAGCUGGCACUCCACUGGGCUAGACAAGCAAUAAAAAUUAGUCAAAAGUACCUGUUUCCAGAAUGUUCCAGUUAAUGCUUAAUGCUCCUUUGCCACAGAGAAAAAGCAUGGUCCAAUAACAGUGAUACAUCUUUACCUGUCUUCUCAUGCCUUGCUCAACAAGCCUUGUCAGGACUAAUUUGGGGACCUGAGAACCAAAGAAAAAAUUAUACAAUUGUCAUAUCAGCUACUAUACAUAUUAUGCCAAACCAAUGGAGAUAACAUAAUGCUUCUCCUAUGUGAAUUGUAGUCUACAAAACAAGCAUCAUUAGCUGAAUAGGUUUAUUGAACCUGUAUAAUUUAACUCAUAUUUCCAAGGGCAAGGAAUAUUAUUAAAAAUUACAAUCUUAUGCUAUCAUUUGAAUUUGCUACAGAAUGAAGAAAAAUCAGUAAUAGUAUAAUAAUUCCUGUAGUGUCAUGUAGAAUACUGGCUUGAGAAACCAAGAUUUGUUAUUUAUCACAGAGGAAACUGGCUUAUUGUUUAGGUAGAAUGUUCAGUAAACUAAUGAGUCUUCAAUCUUGAGAAGUAGUAAUGCCUUUUUAAAAACUGUUGUGAACAAUAUUCUGGUCCAACCUCCACCCAGAUGAACCAACCAUUCAGUAUUGAACAAUUUUGGCAGCAGCCCUUAGCUGAAAACUUCCUGAAUCUGAAGAGGGAACAUGUAUCCAGUACAGGAAGCAUGGAAAGUCCCAAACAAGAUGAACCCAAAGUGAUCCACACCCAGACAUCAUAAUUAAAAUGGCAAAAGUUAAAGAGAAUUCUAAAGCGGAAAACAGUCACAUCUAAGGGAAACUCCAUGAGGCUAUGAGCUGAUUUUUCAGCAGAAACAUUGCAGGCUAGAAGGGAAUGGCAUAAUAUGUUUAAGAUGUGGAAAGGGGAAAACUAACAACUUAGGAUAAUUGACUCAGCAAGUUUAUGCAGAAUCAAAGGAGAGAUUAAAGAACUUUUCAGACAAGCAAAAACUAAGAGUUCAUCAGUACUAAACCAGCACUAAAAGAAAUAUUAAAAGAGUCUUCUCCAAGUAGAAAAGGUUACAACAAGAAGUUAGAAUCUAUCACAAAGUAAAAAAUCCUAUUAAGUAAUGGCAAAUACAUACUAAAGGCUGUGGAUCAACAACUUUAUAAGCAAACACAAAAAUUAAAAGAUUGAAAAAAUCAUGAAAUCAAUUACUACUACAAAAGGGAAAAUAUAAAGAUAUAAAAUAUGACAUCAAAAACACAAAACGUGGGGGAGGAGAAUAAAAAACAGAUCCUUUAGAAUGUGUUUGAGCUUUAGAGACUACCAGUUUUAAACAAGUAAAUGUAGUUAUAAGUCAACAUAUAUGAACCCUAUGAUAAUUAUAAAUAAAAAACCUACAAUAGGUACACAAAACCAAGAGAGAAAAGGAACACGAACAUACCAUUUAAAAAAAUCAUCAAACCACAAGGGAAGAAACUAAAGAAAAAACAGAGAACUAUUAAAAAAAAAAAACCAUAAAACAACUAAUGAAAUGGCAAUACGUACACACCUAUCAAUAAUCAUUUUAAAUGUCAAUGGGCUAAAUGCACCAAUUAAAAGACAUAGGUUGGCUGAUUGGUUAAAAGAAAAAAAUCCAUGUACAUACUGCUCAAGAGAUUCAUUUCGGAGCUGAAGACAAAAAAGACUGAAAGUGAGGAGAUAAAAAAAUAAAUUUCAUGCAAAUGGAAAUGACAAGAAAAUGUGGUAGCAACACUCAUAUCAGACAAAAUAGAUAUUGAAAAUAUUCUAUAACGAGACAAAGAAGGGUGUUAAAUAAUAAUCAAGGGAUAAAUACAAGAGGGGGAUAGAACAUUUGUCAACAUAUAUACACCUAUUAUAGGAGAACCUAAAUACACAAAAUAUUAACAGAUAUAAAGGGAGAAAUUGACAACAAUACAAUAAUUGUAGAGAACUUUAAUACCCCACUUACAUUAAUGGAUAGAUCAAACAGAAAAGCAACAAGGAAAUAGUUUUAAAUGAUACAUUAAACCAACUGGAUUUUAUAGGACAUUAUAUUCCCAGCAACAGAAUACAUUCUUUCCCAGUGUAUAUGAAAUGUUCUUUAUGAUAUACCACAUCCUAGACUAAAAAAACAGUUUCAAGAAAUUUAAGAGGAUAGAAAUUCUGUCAAGCAUUUUUUCCCUGACCUCAAUGGUAUGAAACUAGAAAUCAAUUACAGGAAGAAAAAUAGGAAAAACCCAAACACAUCAAGACUAAAUUAACAUGCUACUAAAAAACGGAUGGGUCAAUGAAGAAAUCAAAGAGGAAAUCAGAAAAUAUCUCAAGACAAGUGAAAAUAAAGACAUAACUUUCCAAAAUCUAUGGGAUGCAGUAAAAGUUCUAAGAGGGAACUUUAUAGUGAUGCAGGCCUACCUCAAGAAACCAGAAAAAUUACAAAUAAAUUACCUAACAUAACAUCUAAACUAAUUAGUAAAAGAACAAACAAAGCCCAAAGUCAUCAGAAAGGAGGAAAUAAUUUCAGAAAGAAAUUAAAUAAUAUAGAGCCAAAAAAUAGGAAAGAUCAGUGAAAUCAAGACAUGUUUAUUGUUGUUUUGUUUGUUUCUUGGGGUUUUACUAUUUUUGUUUGUUUGUUUUUUGCCAUCCCAUGGCAUAUGGUGUUCCCGGGCUAGGGAUCAAAUCUUGAGCAAUAUUCACAAUAGCAAAGACAUGGGAACAACGAGAGUUCCUCAAGAGAUGAAUGGACCAAAAAAUGUGGCAUAUAUACUAUCAAAUACUAGUAGACAAAAAAAGAGGGAAAUCCUGCCAUCUAUAACAAUACAGAUGGAUUUUGAGGGCACCGUAACAAGUGAAGUCAAAUAGAGAAAGGCAAAUACCAAUACUGUAUAGUCUCGCCUAUAUGUGAAAUCUAAAAAAAAAAAAAAAAAAAUCAAAAACAAAAAAAAAUGAAACUGAAGCCAUUGAUACAGAGAAUAGAUUGAUUGCUAGAGACAGUGGAUAAAAUGGGUGAAAUUGGUCAAAAGCUACAAAUUUACAAUUAUAAAUUAGCCAUGGGGACAUAAUGUACAGUGUGGUGAGUAUAGUUAAUACUGUAUUACAUACAGUUGCUAAGAGAAUUUUUUUUAACUAGUCAUCUUUUAUUGGGUGUUAAUUUUCCAUUAGAAUAUGAAAGGACUCAGGUGCCAGGCAAGGGUCACGGUCAGGAGUACAGAGUGUGCCUUCUUCAGUUUAAGAGGCUGCUCAUAGUUAAGUUCCUUACAAGAAGGGUAGUACCUGAAAUGCAUGUAAGCUGCCAACACCAUAGAAAGGCCAGCAGUAUUCCUUUUCUUCAUAUUGACAUACUUGUAAUUCUGGUAGUAACUUCUUUGAAACACUCCUGCAAUGACUUUAAGGGUAAGAUAUUACAUUAGUAUCCAGCUUGGCAGCUCCCCUAAUUUGACAUGAAGGAGCUUCUUCUCCUUCAGCAGUAUGAUGGACACCAUCCUUGAGUCCUGGCUGUCCACUGCAAUAUUGAACUCUUCACUGUUGAGCAAGGUUUGAGGUAUGACUAAAGGCCUGCCCACAUUAUUCAUCUUCAUAGGGUUUCUCAUCACUAUGAAUUCUCUGAUUCAGAAAGAGAUGAAUAGUUUGUAGGUAUAAAUGUUUUUCUAUCACUGAUUACUUGAAUUCAAAUCUGUACUCCAACUUCUUAUUUCUUCCUUCAAAACCAUCCUGAAUUCCCUUCCUUGCUCCAAUAAUAUAAUUACAGCUGGUGAGAAAUGGAAUGGGCCCUUGAGACAAGUUACUAUAGUUCCUAGAGUUCUCCAUCAUUACAUAUGGGUACCAGUUUUCUGAACAUGUUGAAAAACCCCACCCAUACUGACAGGACUCUAUGGACACAUUUCUGAAUGUUAUGGAUCCAUGGGCCAUGGUUUCAUACCUGCCAAGAGCUGAUUAGUCCUCAGGGAUUCCUUUAUCAGAAAAACACAGAGUCCAGAAAACCCAUACUACCCUUUGCGGGCUCCAGCCAUGUCUUCACAGUCAUUUUCACAGCAACCCAUGCUUGUUUCUUCCUUGGACAGGUCACUCAUGUGUAGCACACAAGAAAGAACAUACAAGGCCCAAGGUGCAAGUCACCUCAUUGAUUGGAGGAUGUGAGAUCCAGAGUGGUCAUGAAAUUGAAUUUUUAAUUUAAAAAAAUUCCUAGCAAACAAAACUCCAGUACCAGACAACUUCACAGUGGAAUUAUACCGAACACUAAAAAAAAAAAAAAAAAAAAAAAAAAA